AUGUUGGCUCACUUCAGUCCGAGCAUUUCCCUGGAACUGUUCGAUCUGUAUGGUCUGGUGCUGCAGCUCCUGGUGCCCGGAGAGACCACCGUGUUCUACUACAAUCCAAGCGGUCUCAACUGCAGCUUGGAUUGGCUCUGGCAACGGAACCUGUCCACCAAUCCUCAGAUUGUCUGGCAGAAAAAUGAGCCCGCAGUGGAUCUAGCUCAGCAUUUUAACAGCAAUCUCUUUGUGCUGGCCUGCCUCUCGCGGGAGUCCAUUGAGAUGGAGCUCGGGGGCCUGUCCUCCAGUCUGAGCCACCUUCGAGGGGCGCGUGUGCUGAUCGAAGUAGCGGACACUGCCAACCCCAACGAGGAUCUUCUGGCUACUAACAUACUGUCGUUGUGUCUCAAGAAUAGCAUGUUAAAUGUGAUGCUGUACUUCCAGCAAUGGAGUCGCCAUCUUAUCAUCUAUAGCUUUCGAGCUUUCCCACACUUUCAACUCAUCAAGCAGAAUAUUCUCACCCAGGGCCCAGCCAGACUCCAAAUGUUUGUGGACCAAUUGGCAGAUUUGGGUGGCAAAGAGAUUAUAGCCAUUCCGGACUUGUCGCCACCAAACACAUUCGAGUACAAGGAUGCGAGUGGAGAAACGCGAUUUGCUGGCUACCUCUGGAGGUUCAUCGCGGAAUUUGCAAGCAGCUUGGGCGGCAGGCUGAAGGCGUCGAACCCCACAUGGGUUUCGGGCAGGACAGCUGCCAGUCUGUACAUGCUGGAGCUGACGAGGAAUGCCAGUGUGGACUUUGGACUCACGACCACCAUGAUAACAGAGAAGUCCUUCAAGAACUACUAUCAGUACACCUAUCCCAUGCUCUACUCCAGCUGGUGCACAAUGCUGCCCAUGGAGCGACCCAUGCCCGUGCACUCGCUGUUCCAUCGGAUAAUGAGCUGCGAGGCAGUGGUUGUGGUGGUGACAGCCAGCCUGGUUCUGGGCCUACUCGUACCGGCUAUACUCAAAUAUCUGGGCAUCAACUUUCGUGGCAGAUUGGUGCAUCUGACGCCCCGACUGCUGGCCCUCGUCCUCGUCUGUGCCUGCGCGGCCCAACUGCUCUCCCUGCUGAUCUCGCGUCCCACCUCUGCCCGGAUUGAUAGCUUUGAUGAUCUGCUGCGGUCCAGUCUGAAGAUUUUUGGUAUGCGCAGCGAGUUCUAUUUCUUCGAUGGCGAUUUUCGGGCCAAGUAUGCGUCGGCAUUCCAUUUGACCAACGAUCCCAGCGAGCUCUACGACAAUCGAAACUAUUUCAACACCAGCUGGGCCUACACCAUCACCACCGUCAAGUGGGCUGUCAUCAACGCCCAGCAACUGCACUUCUCGCGUCCCGUCUUUCGGCUGUCCCACAACAUGUGCUUCCAUGGGUUCAUGCCGGGCAGCCUGCUCAUCCCGCCGGAGUCUGUCUACAGGGACCGCCUCCAUCACUUCAUUCUGCGAAUGGAUCAGUCGGGUCUGAUUGCUUACUGGAUCCGCAUGAGCUUCUACGACAUGGUCCGGGCCGGACGCAUGACCAUCAAGGACUACAGUCAAACGCAGCAGCUGCAUGCCCUCACCCUGAAUGACUUUCGGCUGGCGUGGCACCUGAGUCUCUUGGGAGUAAUAAUUUCCCUCGUCGCAUUUGUGCUAGAACUGCUGCGAUUCUACAUACCCGUCUUUCUCAACAGCCUCUAG